AGCAGCGUUGUUAAAAUAUCGAUUAUUAGCCAUGUUCACGCGCGAAGCAACAGUUGGAUAGUAUCAACAGGCGGGAACGCGCGGCACCACAUUUUCCCGCCGUUUUUUCCACGUUUGUCAAUCGUUGUUGUUAUUGUUUUUAUUUAAAACUAAGCAAUGAACUGUCAAAGUAAAGCCAAUAAAUAUGUGUGUCCUAACGACCGGCAGCUCUCCUUGCGAGCCAAACUCCGCACGGGAUGGAGUGCCGCCCGCAGCGAGCCCCCGCUGACACCCACAGAGCGGGAAGCGAUAGCGGCGGUCGUCAAGCGAGCAGAGAAACUGGACGAGGUUGAGGCUAAACGCGUUGGGCGACUGGUCGCUCGACUCGAAGGCAUGCGGAGAUCAGCACAAGGACCAGCGCCUCGAUCCUGUCUGGUCUGCGGCGAGACCGCCAGACUGCUGUCUCCGCUGCGAACGUGUGUCAUGUGCCGGCAGUCCGCCUGCGCCAAAUGUGUCAUAGAAAACCCACCACAUAGAUCUGCCAUUUGUUCCAGAGAACAGUACAUGUGCAACCUGUGCGCGGAGACCAGGGAGAUGUGGAAGAAGUCGGGUGCCUGGUUCUUCAAAUCUCUGCCCAAGUAUAUCCUGCCAGAAAGACGGGCCACCGGCCGGUACAACGACACGGAACUGGCUAGAGCCUUACAGGAUGGCGGCAACAGUAGUAACGAAGGGAAGACAGACUCGGAGCCGGGUUCGCCCCUCAGCGUCCACGCUCCGACCUUCUCGCGCCAGGGCAGCAACAACGACAGUCGGAAGUCCAUCGGCUCCCCGCAUGAUUCCCACUACGACUGGAGCGAAACAGACAUCUUGACUCAUGGAAUAAGUGGCCUCAGCCUCCACCGGACCGACAGCCUCAACCAGCGACCCCUGACGGCCCUGAAACGAACUGGCAGCAAAGGCAGUGCCUACAGCCUGAGAAACGCACGGAAAGAAACUAAACCUACCCCUAUGAUUGAAAGACCCACUACAAUACCAGACGCAGGUUUCGGUACCUUGGAGAUAAAGUUGGCGUAUGAAAACGCCACAUCUUCAGUAGCCGUCGUUGUGCUGAGGGCGAGAGGUCUAAUCGGAAUGGACAUGACUGGUCUUUCCGACCCGUUUUGUAGAUUAGAAGUCUUGCCUAGGGAAGGCACCUAUUCCAACAGACUUCGCACAAAAACCGUACACAAAACCAAAAACCCGGAAUUCAACGAAACUCUUCACUUCUUCGGCAUCACAGAGUCCGAUUUGUGCAGCAAAUCCUUGGAAAUCGUCUUGUUUGACGACGAUAGAUUCGGCUGUGACGAAAUGGGCUCAGCCACAGUAUCCCUUAGAGAAUGCGCAAAGGCACCAGUGCAGCUCCGCCUAGCGCUUUCAGGAGCCAACACCGUGGAGCCGACGGGGCCCAGGAUCCUUCUGGCUCUCUGCUACAGCACCAAGAAACGCGCGCUGGUCGUCACGCUGUGCAGAGCAGCAGAUCUCCCGCCACAGGAUAGCAACGGAUACUCAGAUCCUUUUGUUAAACUGCAUUUAGACCCCGAUCCGUAUCACAAAAAACAUAAAACAUCGAUCAAAUGGAGAAAUCUGAAUCCAGUGUGGAAUGAGGAGUUCCUGUUUGAGACUCGUCCAACGGAGCUUUCCCGCCAAAAUCUCACUUUGACAGUUUGGGACAAAGACUACGGGAAGCCAAACGAUUUCCUCGGCAGUUUAGUCUUAGGAUCCAGUAGUAAAGGCAGAAGACUAAAACACUGGAUGGACUGUAUAAAGUUCCCUGACCAUAGACACGAACAAUGGCAUUCCCUCACUGAUACGCAACAUUUGUAAAGAAAAUGAUAUACCUAUCAUGUACUUCAAUAUUUUUACUGAUCGAUAGUUUUUACUGUAUGCCGUAUACCUAUUUAUUAUAUUCAUUGUAUGAGAGCUUGAAAUGUAUGGUGCUGGGAUACGAUUAUAUGUCGUGCUAAAAAAACAGGUACUUUAAAAAGCUUUGUUUUUGAAAGUAUAUUACACUAAACCGAUGUUAGUAGUAACUGUUGUUGCAUAUGCCUAAUAUUUUAUUGUUAAACAUUAUUAAAUGGUUUAUAAUUGUUAUUUCAUUAGCUAGAUAACCACGACUUCGAAUCGCGUCUUUCGAAAACAAAAUGGAAAAAGUUUUAUUUUUUUGAACUAGAUACGUAAACAAAAUGGGAAAAGUUUUAGUUUUUUAAACUAGAUACGUCAUACCAAAUUAGAUAAAUAAAAAUAUAUAUAUAGGUACUCGUAGUUAUACCUACAUAGUUACAUAAAUAACCGUUUCGAAAAUGUCGAUCCUCUCCUCAAUCCUAUAUUCUGCUUAUUAAUAAUUUCACUAUUAAAAGAUAUGAAAACAUAAAAUAUAAAUGAAAGCUAUAUUUUUGAAAUACUGUGUGCGACAUAAAAUUAUAUUAAGUAUACUUGUUAUAAGUAAUUAAUGUAUUUUUGUAUCUACUUACCUACUACAUACUUAGUUAAGUAUCUUAUACAGCUUAACAAAAAGUAUUCAAUAAUGGAGGGCAAAUCAAAGCAACACAAAACAGGAUCUAAAACUUGUCUAAGAACAUUAAAAUAUACAUAUAUAAAUAUACAUUAAAAUAACAUUAAGGUACGUACACCACCGAACCAUGGUGAAACUUUAGAAACCUGAAUAAUUAAAAGUACCUAUUUAUGACCGAAACACUUUUUUGCUAAGCUGUCCACAUAAAUAUUACUAGAGCCACCAUAGAGUCCUAUUCAUGUUGCUGAAGUAUAAUAAAUUAUGUGCCAAAUAUUUAGUAUGAUGCUAAAAUAAUUAAAUUUGGUUAAACUGCCUUAUACAGAUAUGAAUAAAACUUAUCGAGAAA